GGUGCUACAGGGCCUCCCUCCUGCCAACCAAACUGCCAUGGCCGUGGCUCUGCAAAAGUACGCCGCCGUUCUCGCACAGUACCCUGAACUUGAAGGUGGCUUCUACCUCCCCGACCCUGUCCCCGAGGACUUGUACAUGCCUUUCGGCCAGUUUGUUCAAAAGUACGACAUCGCCGAUGCAGUACAAACCAUCUUCGGCCUCACCUCCGCCUUCGGUGAUAUCCUCGAGGUUCCUGCCCUCCAGCAGAUGCGCACGUUCUCCCUCGGUCUCCUGAAGACUAUGCAGAACUUCCAGACCAGCUCGGUGAUGAACAACAGCAUCCUCUUCGAGGCGAUCACUGCCGAGCUGCUUGCUACCAAGUCUUUACUCCUGUCCUCCAAGGUCCGAAAGACGGCGCGCAUCAGCAAGAUCGACGGCGGCGUCAAGGUCCUCGUUGAUACCCCUAAGGGCCAGCGUCUCAUCCAAGCCAAGAAGAUCCUCAUGGCCAUUCCUCCCACGCCCGAGAACCUCACCCCCUUCGACCCCAGCGGCGAUGAGCUCAAGAUCUUCAGCCAAUUCACCUCCGUCGGCUACUACACCUCCAUCAUCCGCAACGCAGGCCCCACCAACGUCACCAUGCAGAACCUUGCGCUCGACAAGCCCUACGCGCUCCCACCCAUGCCCGCCAUCUACAACGUAAACCCCACUGCCAACCCCACCCUCAGCCUCGUCUACUACGGCACAAAGGUCGGCCAGUACCUCAGCGACGAGGAGGCCCAGGCUGCCAUCCUCGCCGACCUCAAUCGCUACCGUGCUGCGAACAACAUUACCGGCCCCGCCCCCGAGUUUGUCGCUUUCAGCAACCACAGCCCUUACAACAUGAUGGUUGGUGGCGAGGCUACCAAGAAUGGUUUCUACAAGGAGUUGUACGGUCUUCAGGCUAAGCGCAACACCUUCUGGACUGGUGCUGCGUGGAGGGCGCAUGAUAGCUCCAGCAGCUGGGCUUACACUAGCCGCAGUGUGCUGCCCGCGCUUGUAGCCAGCCUCCAGUAAGCUGUUCCAGGUUGUGGUGGCGAAUCAUUCGGUCCGAUGGGCUAUAACUAAGAGGUUGUCUGCCUCGCACGGUCAAUGGCGACGUUUCCUUAGACAUGCUGUUUUACGAUAUCUUCAAUGCUUG